AUGGAGAGAGGCGGUUACAGAGGAGGCCGUGGUGAUGGCCGUGGCAGAGGUGGCGGAGGCCGCGGUGAUGGACGUGGUAGAGGAGGCGGAGGCCGUGGUGAUGGCGGAGGAGGAGGAGAUCGUGGUCGUGGUUACGGCGGUGGUGGUCGUGGCUCCGAGCGAGGAGGCGGUGGUUUAGGAAAUCGCGGCCAGGGUUCCGGUGGUGGUCGCGGUGGUGAAUACGAUCGCGAUCAACAGAAUCUCCGAAGCCAGAGUCAGUGGGGACCACCGCCGGGAACGCAAUUGCAACAACCUCGACCACAACAGGCGGUUCAACAACCGUCGCAGGCGGUUCAACAGCCUCCGCAGGCUCAAUCGAGUCCCGCCGUUGCGGCAGGAGGCGUUGGUAGAGGCGCGUGGGGUCGUAAGCCGCAGGUUUCUUCUGAGACGGCGGUUUUACCUCCGCCUCCUCCUCCGUCCGCCGUCGUGGCUCCAACUGAAACACCUCGUGCUGCUGAAGUUAUGAAUCCGAGUCCAUCUGUGCAACUUGCUUCUUCUCACAAGAAGGAACCUAUGAAGCGUCCCGAUAAUGGCGGUGUUGUGGCUGUCCGGCGAGUAAACCUCUACGUCAACCACUUCAGAGUGAACUUCGACCCGGAAAGCGUCAUCGGACACUACGACGUCGAGAUCAAAGGCGAGAUCCCGUCAAAGAAGGUAUCAAGAUUCGAGCUAGCCAUGGUCAGGGACAAGGUCUUCACAGACAACCCCAACCAGUUUCCCUUCUCCAUGACCGCCUACGACGGGCAGAAGAACAUUUUCAGCGCGGCGAAGCUCCCCACUGGAUCAUUCAAAGUCGACUUCCCGAAAACCGACGAGUCCAGAGCUAAGAGCUACACGUUCACCACCAAGCAGGUGAGCGAGCUCAAGCUCCGUGACCUUAAAGAGUACAUGACAGGAGGCUCGUCUCUCAACCCUCGCGACGUGUUGCAAGGCAUGGACGUUGUGAUGAAGGAGCAUCCUUCGAAAUGCAUGAUCACAGUCGGUAAAUGCUUCUUCGACCGCAAACCGGAGGAUGAUUUCAACUUCGGCGUCGCGCCGGCCAAAGGCUACAGGCACGCUCUCAAGCCCACCGCGCAGGGCUUAUCUCUCUGCUUGGACUACUCCGUGCUGGCGUUCCGGAAAGCGAUGUCCGUCGUGGACUACCUGAUGCUAUACUUCGGCUUGCGUGAUCUGCGUCAGUUUAACAGACGCGACGUGGAAGAGGAGCUGGUUGGUUUGAAAGUCACUGUGACUCAUCGGAAGAACAAGCAGAAGCUCACCAUUGUUGGACUGGGCAAGAAAGCUACGAAAGAUGAGACGUUCGACCUUAUAGAUCAAGAAGGCAACGAGCCGCCGAGGAAGAUCUUCAUUGUUGAGUACUUCAGGGUCAAGUACGGAAAGGACAUUGUUCAUAAAGACGUUCCUUGCUUGGAUCUUGGCAAAAACGGGCGGCAAAACUUGGUUCCGAUGGAGUUUUGCGAGUUGGUUGAAGGACAGAUUUAUCCGAAAGAGAACUUGGAUAAAAACUCAGCCUUGUGGUUGAAACAGUUGUCACUAGUCAAUCCGCAAACAAGGAAAGAUAAUAUCUUAAAGAUGAUAAACUCUCGCGAUGGACCUAGCGGUGGAGAGAUCAUUACGAACUUUGGGAUCGACGUUGAGACUGAGAUGACACGUGUGGAGGGACGUGUGCUCAAGGCACCGGCGUUGAAGCUGGCGGAGAGAGGGAGACCGGUCAGGGAGGAGCCGAACGCGAGGCAGAACAACCAGUGGAACCUAAUGAGGAAAGGAGUCACGAGAGGCUCGGUGGUUAAGCACUGGGCGGUUCUUGAUUUCACCGCGGCUGAGAAGUACAACAACAUGAAGAUGCCUUAUGACUUUGUUGAGAAUCUUAUCAAACGUUGCUCGACGCUUGGGAUGCAGCUUCACGCUCCCAUCGUUAGUAAAGCUUCGAGCAUGGACACGCUUAGAAACGCUAACGCUCUCGAGAAGCUGCUUCGUGAAGUGAUUGAGGAGGCGAGUCAGAAGCACGGUGGGGCUCGUCCUACGCUCGUUCUCUGCGCUAUGUCCGGGAAGGUUGAUGGUUACAAGACUCUGAAAUGGAUAGCUGAGACUAAACUUGGUUUGGUGACUCAGUGUUUCUUGGGUAGCUCUGCUGCGAGAGGAGGUGAUCAGUACAGAGCAAACUUAGCGCUCAAGAUCAACGCCAAGGUCGGUGGAAGCAACGUGGAGCUGAUGGAUACGUUCUCUUUCUUUAGAAGAGAAGAUCAGGUCAUGUUCAUUGGCGCUGAUGUGAACCAUCCUGCUUCUCGGGACAAGAUGAGCCCGUCGAUCGUCGCGGUCGUUGGUACGUUAAACUGGCCGGAAGCGAACCGUUACGCGGCGAGAGUCAUCGCUCAGCCGCACCGUAAAGAGGAGAUACAAGGGUUUGGUUAUACAGUCUUCGAGCUUGUCAAAGCUCAUUACAAGGCUACAGGGAAACGACCUACCAAGAUUGUGAUAUUCCGAGACGGUGUCAGCGACGGUCAGUUCGAUAUGGUUCUCAACGUGGAGUUGCUUGACGUGAAGCUUGCUUUCGAGAGGCUUAAUUACAAUCCGAAGAUAACGGUCAUCGUGGCGCAGAAACGUCACCAGACUCGUUUCUUUCCUGCUACGGUUAAUGAUGGGAGUGAUAAAGGGAACGUGCCGUCCGGGACCGUCGUGGACACGAAGGUUAUUCAUCCGUCUGAGUAUGACUUCUACCUUUGUAGUCAUCAUGGUGGGAUUGGUACGAGCAAGCCGACGCAUUACUAUACGCUUUGGGACGAGAUAGGGUUCACUUCUGAUCAGAUGCAGAAGCUUAUCUUUGAGAUGUGUUUCACUUUCACUCGCUGCACUAAACCGGUGUCUCUUGUUCCUCCGGUUUAUUAUGCUGACAUGGUUGCGUUUAGGGGGAGGAUUUACUACGAGGCGAGCUCGAGGGAGAAGAACUUUAAGCAGCAGCAGCCACGGGGAGGUUCUUCUUCUUCUUCCUCUUUUGCUGCUGCUUCGCUUUCUUCUGCGUUUGCUUCGAUGACUGUGGAGGACCAAGCGGUGUUUAAGCUGCACCAAGAGCUUGAGAACGUUAUGUUCUUCGUCUGA